CCGGAGAAGUUUACUGGGUGCUGCCGGACCUUCCAACCGUCUUCUGUCCUGGUUGUGGUUGUAGUGCAGUGUGGUGAGGAGCGAGAAGGCUUAUGGCAGGCAGCCCGGUCCCACACAGGUCGCGGGAGCAGGUGAGAGAAGAGACCCAGCGCAUCUUGGAAGCAUUCUUACAAAGAGCACUGAGCCCCAGAGACACAGGUCCCCCGGGUCAUGUGGGCCGCACCUACCAUGACCCCCAACGUUACAUAUACAGGUCCCCAACUGAACAUGGCCCCCACUGCCCAGCCUGGACCAACAUCCACGAGGAGAUCAACCGCGCGGAAGAGAGCAAGCAUGGCUUCCGGACCAGUAUAAAGCGGCUGUUGCGGCGGAAGCCUAGCCCCCGAAUGCCCCCCGAUGGGCCCCCUCCCUCCAAGGACUCCUUAAAGCGGUCCAAGUCUGGAGGGGAGGGAGCCCACCAGAAGCGCACCUUCUCCUUCAAGGGCCUGCUGCGGAAGAAGGGAACUCCUUCAGGGGUGACGGGAUGCCCUGCUGAGCCCAGUCAGCGCCCUGACUCCUUGCCUCUAACCCCCUGCUACUGUGACAAACUCCUGGCUGGCCAGGAGCCCCAGCCAGAGCCCCAGGCAACCAAUAAUGAGGCAGAAGAAACUGAGUUUUAUACGCGUGUGGCUCAGAAACUGGACCAGUUGGUAAAGCAACAGCAGCUGAUCAGUCCUUCCACUGGAAAAGGCUUGCCUUCUCCUACAGACCGGUUCCGCUCUCUUCCCACAAAUGCUGUAUCGGGCACUGCAGCUAAUUCGCUUGAGCUGCAGGGAGGCAUGAGUGAGAAAGAGCAAGUCCUCCAGAAACUGGUCGCCCUCCUGGAAGAACAGGCCGGAAUCAUCAACAAGGAGAUUGAAGCAGAUCCGCUGCUCCGGAACACCAUCUCCCGCCUGUCCUACCGCAGCUUCUCCCGCAUGGCUGAGGCCUUCACCUCCCGCUCCCCAUCUGGAAUCCCCAGUCCGCAGCUGGCCAAGCUAGCCCUCACCAUGGAGCUGACGCGGAAAGUGGCCGGCAUCAACAGCCACGCCGUGCACACCCUCAUGGGCUACAGUCUGCAGUAUAUGGAUAUGUUUGUGCCGUGGCUACAGCAGCAAGGUGGCUGGGAGAAUAUUGUGGCCCAGGAUGAGAUUUUUGACCGGCAACUUGAUUAAUCCUACCACAGUAGGGAUGGGAGUGGGGUCUGUAUGCUCCCAGUCCUACCACCACCAGCAAAUGCCAGUGUUCCUAGGACUGGAACCCUAGGGAGAGUACACACUUGGGACUUGUUCUGAAAACUAACCCCUGGGGGUAUCUUUUUUUUA